UUAUUGGCUCUUUGUUCGGCAUUCUUGUGUGAGCUUGCGGUUCGGUACACUUGUUUUUCUUGAAAACCUUAAUUUUACGCAUUUUCUUUGCAUUUUUUAAUUUAAAAUAGUGCGGCUUUUGUCGAAAAAACAGUGGAGGUGCUAAUCUAAUAAAAUAAAUGCUACUUUACAAACAAUUUAAUAAAAAAACCUCAUUCAAACAUGCAUUUUGUGUGUACUCUCAAAAUAUGAUUUUCUUUUCAUUGGCCCAGAAAAGAAGAGAAGGAAAAAUAAUUAUUGAGUAGAGGAGACUGGCUGACUGCUGCGUAGGAAGUGCAUGGAAAAACUUCUCGGUACAACAAAAACGAAGAGUUCAUAAAAACAGACUACAUAAAAAUGUUUAUUUAGUGUGUGGUGUGGUGGAGUUGGUGUUCUUUCACAAUUCCUAGGUGAAAGAAACAUAAAAAUAGAAGAUGAAUUGAAUUGGAAGCAUUUUAAGCAGAAAAUAAACAAACUUUUAAUGUCUGUUGAAUGGUAAAAUAAACAAAAAAAUAUGCAUUACAAAGUCGAAUGGUUGAAAAGUGGAAGGAGGGCAGAAGAAAAUCCCAGCAAUGAAUGCAAUCCAACUAAAUGAGCGAACAUUAAACUACAGCAAAAACAAAGAAACAAUACAACAACAAAAACAAACAUCAAGUUCCAUUCAAUUCCCGAGAACGGUGUGUGGUGCGUGCAUUUGCUUGCUUUUUGUGAAGAAACCCAAUGAUGUGAUGAGAAAAACAGGACCAGUUUAUGUGCUUCGAUGCUGCUGUUGUUGUUGUCGUUGUUCUUGUAAAGAAAAGUAGAAGAAGAAAAAUAAAUUGGAAAACGGGAGCAAGUAGUCGGCCUGCAAACAGCGGACAACAACGCAUGAUGGCAGUGUUGUUCAUGUAAAGUACAAAAAGCACUUGAAGACGAAAAACAACAACAAAAAUACCAAGGAACAGUCGAAGUUCUAAAAUUAAAAAUUUCCGUAAUUAUUUCUUCUGUUUUUGCUUCAAUUGUGGUCACUGCAACAGUAGGCAGCAAUAAAAUGAAAAAUGCUCACCAAGAAAUUGAAUUAUUUCGCUCAUAAUCAAUGAAGGGUGUUGGUGGUGGACUGGAUUGCAGAUGUAAAAGUGUAAUUUACCUGUUUUUAUCCUUACAAAUACAACGUAAAUCCUAACCGAGAAGGAUUAUAACAAAAUUACCUGGAAAGGAUUUUCUUACAAAGUGUUAUUAUUGAAAAUUUUCCCAGAGAGCCGAUUACAAUUUAAUUUUCAUUUCCCCUGUUAUUCCUAUUUUGCAUACCGCAGACAAAGGAACCACACAGCCGACGAACGAAAAUAAAAACUAGCAAUUGAAACUUGCGAUUAAUUGCGCGUGGUGAUUUAUUUAAAUGAAAUGUGCAUGGAUAAACAUUAAAACAAAUCUACAAAGAAUUAUUUUUAAAGAAAAACAACAAAACAAAUAGUGUCCCUUAUAUUUUUGUGUUCUCUCUCUAUCUCUCUUGGUGUGUGAAUUCAGUGUGUGAGAACGUGUGUCGGUUCUCUUUCCGUGUUUGCUGGCGCACUCGGUUGCCGGAGAGAGCGCGUUUGUGUAUAUGUAUCAGGUAAAUCAUCAACACAAAACAACCGGGGACUUUGAAAAAUUCUCCAACAUGUCGAAUUCAUUUCGUUAUCUAACCUCAACGGAUACAGACCAGCAGCAGCAAGAAGAACAUACACACCGAAAUCAGCAGCAACAGCCGCCUCAAACAUGUACUUCCAGUGUUGGUGGCACAGAAGACACGAAAUCCAAUGCGGAUACCAACAAAAGCCUCCAUAAUGUUCCUGAUGCCAUCAAUAGUGACCAACACGACAACACAAGCAAUAAUCAAAAUCAUGCAGCGAUGGAAGAUGAGUCAGGCACAAUGGCGACGACGGAAAAUUCAGACACAUUUAAUCAAAAUGAAAAUUCACUAACUGGGGCCUUGGAGCGGGAUGGCAUGGUUACCGGCAAUCAUCAGCAAAUGAGUCCGGGCCUAAGUUUAUUACAAGCUGCGGCUGCAUCAUCGCCACCUCCUCACAGUUACCGGCAUUCGCGUGCUUACAGACAUUUUAAGAAUCCCCCACAACCCCAUAUGUGUAUACGUACCACAACCGAGGCCGGUGAGGAGUUAUUCAUCAAUGUGCUGAGUUGGACGCGUAUUGUUAUACCUCAGGAACCCAGUGAUCCCAUACCGUUGUAUGGCGGCAUGAGGGUACCACCUGGCAGUCCCCGUAGUCCUCCCAUUGUAUUUGCUGUUAUGGCCAAUCCAGAAGUAUUAAAAGAUUCCGGCCGCCAUAGCAAAGACCCCGAAGAAAGACGUGCCAUGGUUGAGUUAAUGUGUGAUUUUGUUGAGGCCAUGAAUCCUGGUGUUAAAUUAGUAAGAAAUGCUGUUAUACUUAAAGAUCGUGAUAUAUCCGGUGAACUGAAAGAUGUCUGGAAUGCGGUACAAGCUCAAAGAGAUCGCGAGCGAGAAGAACAAAUGAUGCAACAGCGACAACAACAACAGCAACAACAUUAUCAUAAUUUAACAACAAAUGGUGGAGCUGUACCACCCGUCUCCUUGAGUCCAGGACUAAGCAAUAACUCAGCAAUGCUUCAGCAACAACAACAGCAGCAGCAGCAAAUAUUCCCCAAGGGCGGAGGUUUGAUUGGUAAUUUUAUGGGUGAAGGUACUCCACCUAGAAGUAGAAAAUUAUUAAUGCAACAAGAAAUGCACAAAAACGAAGAAAAUGGCGGUGACAUUGAAGUAACGAAACCCAUUAACCUGGCCCAACUGGCCGAACAUUUGGACAAUAAGGCUGCAGCAGCCGUGUCAUCGCUGGGAGCUGACGAAAUACACUCACCCACUGAAAAGCCACACGAUGAGAAUCAUCCAAAUGAUAUCAUCACAAGUAAUGGUAAUAAUACAAAGGACUCGACUGAUUCAAAUCGUGGCGUUGUGGGCAUAACACAGAGGAAUGAGUUGAACAAUCAGCUGAAUGCAAAUAAUUUAGAUGCUAAAACUCAGAUAAUAAGUAAUGGGGGCACAAUCAGCAAUGGUGCUAUAGCAACGAAUGCAAAUAAUACCGAAUCCAAUGCCGCAAACUCGGCUGAAACUGUUAACUGUACUUUGGCCACAAAUAAUACGGCGAAGAAUAGUCAUAAUAACUCAACCCCUCCACCUGCUCUUGCCUCCACUAAUAACAUAGCCAACAACCCUGCCGCCCAACCAACAACAGCCGUAACACAACCGGCUGCUGCUUUAAAUCCUCCACCAACCACCAAAAAGGAGAAACUUGGUGGUUUCUUGCCAAACGGUUGUAUAUUUCCACGCUUUACAAAGAACAACAAACACAAGGAUAAGGAUAAAGAAGGCAAGACAAAGGACAAAGAAAAGAAUGUUCUUUUAAGUGCUUUGAAAAAGUCCAAGGACAAAAAAUCACAGGCGGCCGCCGCCGCCGCUGGUGCAGCCGCAGCUGCCGCUGCAAAUGCAAAUCAUCAAGAUGAAAAACAACAAAAAGAACUGAUUAAUACCUCAACAACAACCACAACAUCACCAAUAUCAAUAACCACUGCCAAUACCACAAUAGCCACAAUGUCACCAACAUCUGGGGCGACAUUACCGCCAACCGAUUCAACCAAUAAUCACCUCAACAAAAAGAAUUGUCUACAACAGCUGGAAUGUGAGGUACAAAAAUUGGAUUUGAAUCACAUUGAUGGCAAUACAUCCUCCUCAUCAUCCUCCACUGCAAACAUGACAGCUACAUCCACCUCCAACAACAGUCAUACCGGAGUUGGUGUUCAUUAGGGAUCAUCAUCCAAUCAUUACGCGAUUGUAUAAGAAUGUCAAUCUCCCCCCCAUGUUAGAUGUGUGGAGCGUCGUACAAAACAAACAAAAAAAAACAAACUGGCAGCUAGUUAGCUAAGAUGUGUAGCUAUAUAAAUUGCACAUAUGCACACUUCUCUUCCUAACAACCUAUCUUCAAACGUGGCCGUGUACUUUAGUAGGUAUGAUAUACAUAUAUGUUUGUAAAAAAAAAUUAUCCCUCGCCCAUCUUGUAAAAUUGUAUUAUACAUUUUUGUUUCUAAUUUUUAAGGUAAAGCAAAACAAACAAACAAACGUUAAUUUUUUAGGAAGGUGGUGUGAUCGAUUGCAUUGAAAGUAAACAGUCGAGUAGAUAUAGACCACAUGUUUUCUUUUAACAUGUCUUUCCAUGUUGCCCAUGGAAAUUUUUUAGUUUUUUUUCGAAAGUUUCCAAACAUUUGAAACCAUGAUUAAACUAUCUCUUCUGAUGAGAUAAUUCCGAAAUGUCAUACUCGUUUCGUUUUAAGUAAAUAAGUUUCGCCUGAGAGUCGAAAUCUAUGCGUCACAUUAUAAUUUCAGAUUUUGCAGGAAAUUCCUGGCAAAUUUCGAACAAUCUAUGCGUCACAUUAAGAUUUGGGAUUUUGCAGGAAAUUCCUGACAAAUUUCGAAUCAAAGCUGCUAUGGGGAAGCUAUAAUAUUUGCCUUAAACCGACCUAACUUUUUUAAUUCAUUUUUUUAUUGCAAUUUUGUGUAACUCAAUGAUGUUUAAUUUCAAUGAAAAAUCGCACGAACACACCUACUCUAAUAAUAAUGUAAGUUCUAUUCAAUAUGUGUUGUAUUAUUAAUAAUUUAAUAUUUUUAUUUGACAAAAUGUACAUCUAAAGAUGUAUAAAAUUAUCGAAUAUAUACUUUGUUGUCUUUUUUAAUGCCUAUUUAUCGCCCAUCACCACCUGGAACAACAAUUCACAAACACACAAAACUAUAGCAAAAAGUCAAUUCUUUUCAUAGAACGAACAUUGCGUUUAAAAAAGAAAAAACAAUAACAAAGAGCAUUAUUAAACAAGACUUGGAAUAUACAAUAAAUUUAAACAUUUUUUGAUAUACAAUCUAUGAAGAAUGGUAGGAAAAACAAGAAAACAAUAACAAAAUAAUAGCAAUUUUUACAAACAACACACAAAAAUCACUGUAGCAUAAUUGAAUGAUCAUCAAAACUUAUGAUCUUAUGGAGGAUAACGACACAAUCAAGGGACAUGGUUGGCCUAUUUCAAUAUUUUUUUUAACAUAUAUAGAGCCGAACUGAUAACUCUCCCCCAAAAAUCACUCCACCCAAAGACAAUUUUUUUGAUUAAAAUAUAGACAUCUCAUCACGUUUCAAAAUACAAAAAAAUCUAAUAUAUCUUUAUAGAUGUAUAUUAAAUAAAAAAAUUCCAACACUUGUCUCUCGAAUCACAUUCUUUACACUUCAAUCCCAGCUCUAUCCGUAUUUAGAACAGUAUUAAAAAAAAAACCAAAACAAAACUAUCACAAACAAAAUGUGCCAUUAUAUGAAGUAACAAAGAAAAAACAAACAAACACACACAAAAAGAAAAUAAUUAACAAAAAGCAAUAUAAAAUAGAGUUUGAAAUUUUCCGAAUUCAUUGCUUGUUUUACAGUGCAAAUUCAAUUUACAAAAAAAAGUCCAUAUUACACAGAACAGAAUUCUUUCCAAACGAUAUUUUACUUUCCGUGUUUUACAAAUUGUGAAAUGUUGAUUCGAAACAUCAUUAUUGUUUAAAGUUGAUUUAAGAAAGCUCAUACUGGGGCCAAAUCCUUGCAUUCGAUAUCGAACUUAAUUUGAAAAUGUGAAUUUUAAAUUUGAUAAAUUGAAAUUUUCGGUCAAAACUAACAGUAAAUGAAUAUUAGAGCUUCUAUUAAAAUGUUCAUUAUCAUAUAUCUAAUCUUUAUUUCGAUCAAAUUAAAGUCCAUAUUGAAUGCGAAAAUUUUACCUCCGUAUAAGGGUUUUUGCCAUUCUAUAUUAAUUUAUUGUUUUUUAAACUAUGUAUUUAAGUCUUUAAAUCUCAUCUUACAUGCCAUUAAUACGAUUAAAAAGCAUUUCCAUUUUAUUUAUUCGAAUAUUUUAAUAUGAAUUUUUUGCAAUUAAAUGUGGUUUCCAUUUCAAAUAGUAAAGUUGGACUCACAUUUCUUGUAUUUUAAAUAUUGCCAAGUACUUUUUCUUCCAAAACAAACACCAUGUCAAUGAAUUGCAAAUCUUUUUGCUAUUUAAUGCUUUGUUCCAGUACCUGCAAGAAUCUACUAAUUCUGACAUUUUUUUCGAUAUCAUAAAGAGAAAAUUGGUUACCGUAGUAAAAUAUUUUAUAUUCUUGUAGAACUGGAACAGAGGCCAUAAAAUCGUCAUAUCUCAUUUACAAUUUUUGCUAAUGCCAAAUUUAUAUUUUUUACUAAUUUCUAAAACAAUAAUCCAUUGCUCAUCGCAAAGAGGAAUGAGGUACCUAUUUUACAAAGGUGCUUUCUAAUACACAGCGUUUUUACGGUUUCUUAUUUGGAAUCGUAAUAUUGUUAAAAAAUACAGGGUGAAACAUACAUCAAUUAUUGUUGUUCCCUGUUUACAUGUGUAUCUCACCAUUAUUUAUUCUUCAAGGCCUAUUUAAAUAAUCUGAAAAUAUAUAUGUUAAAAAAUUAGUAAAUUCUUAAGACCCAUUUCACAUACUGAGUGAAUUACGCAUAUGUCUCUAUAAAAAUGGGUGUGUUUCUUCUAUUAUCAACUACAAAGUCCACAUGCAAGAGAACUAUAUUGUAACCUAUCCCCAAGCAUUUUGGAAAUAUAUAAAAUAAAAGGGCCAAGUUUGCGACUUUUCUGAAUUUUUCAAAAUUAGUCCUCCAGCACACCUUUAAAUUGGGCUCAAAAAGUUUCACCUGACAGGCGAAGCUAAAACAAUUCAUUGGCAAACAUUGAGUCUGGGUCGUAGAAUACAUAUAUUUUUUCGUAAAAAAUUAUCCUUUCGAUCAAACUCAUCCAAUUUCAUUAUCCUUUGCAUGGGGCCCUUUAAUAUUUUUUAGUUUCUUAAAUAAUAUUUGUGGGCUACAAAUAGAAUAUUAUUGAUUAUCACACACAUAACCUCUUCAUACAACUUCUCAAUUGAGUCAACAAAAUACAUUUUAUGUUAGUAUACGUGAUAAAAUCAAUAAUUUUCAACACUUAAGGAAUAUUGUAAUAUUAAAAAAGCAAAGAAAAUUGAAUUGGCUUGGUUUCCAGAUCACGUCCCCGGUUAUUGAAUCUCCUUAUCCAUAUUAUUAUUUUUACGACAAUUCUGAUAGUGAUUUUAAACUGAUAUCAUGCGAUUUCUCCCAGGACAACUGUGAAUUUUUGAAGUUUAAAUUUGUUUGAAUGGUCACUUCGUGUGAGAAAAAUGUAGAAUUAUUUGUUUUGAAUGCCAAUUCCGAGAGUACCGAAAAGUAAUCUGAAAAACACAGCCAAUUUCAUUUUUAAUAUUGCAAUAUUAAUUAAAACGUGAGCAGAUCGACUCUUAUAAUUAAGAAAAAUACGAUUGCGGAACCUCAUUUUUAAUGGAACUUAGCAUUUGACCACCGGCAAUGUGUUUCGCUUUUUAACCUAAGCAUCUUGAAGUUUAGGUUACCGAAUAAUCAGACCGACGCCUAGUCUCAUUAAACAUUAUAAAUCAAAAAGACAACUGUCCCGAAACACAGAAUAGUUUAUCGCUUAAAUCCUAAUACAAAAUUUCUUAUUUGAGUACUAUUAACUAAGAGAAAUGUUUCAUGCAGUGUGUACAUUUUUAAUGACGAGUGUACAUUAAACAUUUACAGUCAACUGAAGCAUCAGGAGAAACGCAGAUCACUCUGAUCGAAUUUAAACAUAACAAAGUAAUAUUUGUUGUGAAGUUACGCGUAUCGUAGCAUUAAUUCGCUGUAAAAGUGUUUUGAAACCAAAUAACAAUGUCAACAAUUAAUGUUUAAUAUGUGUAAAAUUGAAAGUCACCCCACCAAGCGAAUAAAUCUUGGACAUUCAAUUCGUUUGGUGGGAUUAUAAAACGCGUGAUCCUUUGUAUAAUUCAGACGCGUUUGAUGAUAGAUAAUUGCAAUCAAAAAUUAUUUAUGAUGUUCAUUGAACGUAAUACAGUCCCAUUAAUAACUUGUGUCUCAUAGUAUUAACAAUUAUAUGCUAUUCAAAAUUUAUCACAAAAUCGUAAAAUAUUGUCGCCUUUAUACAAAAUCUCUCUACUUAUAUAUGAUUGUAUUGAUUCAUUAUAAUACAGAAACGUGAAACUUUAGAUAUCGAAGUUUGCAACUUUUCCAUCUCUAGGGACUUUUGAAAUUAUAUAAUUUCAAUUUACAAUAUAAAAAAAAUUAAAAAAUAAAUAUGUAGAGCACUGAAAAAUAGCACCAACAGACAUAGGUUGUACUACAACAUGUAGUACCCCUAGCAUCCAUUUAAACCUACUUUCGAUGCAAAUUUUUAUGAAAAUUAAGGCUCUUGAUUGCCAGUUGUCAUUUUUCAGCAUCGACUGAGUAUGGGGCAGAUGGCAAUGCGAAGUAUCGUUUCAGGUGCAAUAAUAUCAAGUUAUAUUUGAUAUCCAUCCAUUUAUAUAAUAUAUAUUAGAUUGAGAAGAAAAAUCUAUUACAAAUUUGUUCAACAACGGCAACCGUCACAACGGUGUAUGGUUUCUAAAUAGAAAUGUACUGUAAACUAUUUUUAAAAUUUUCGUUAUAAAUAACAACACUGUUGCUUUUAGGUAUAUUUUUUCGCGUAUAUAGAAUUUCUUUAUUGAGAUCAAAAAUUGAUUCGUUUGUAAACGUCUAUUCUAAUUACUGAUCAAGUACAAAAGUGUCGUGAUUUUUUUUAUCGCAUUCAACAUUAUCAAUAGGUUGUGUUUCGUCUAUAAUAGAUGUAUUCCUCUUUAUAUAAAUUACAGAAAUUAAUUCUUUUAAUACCCUACACCACAUAGUGGCAAGGGUAUUGUGUCCUUGUGCAUUUGUUUGUAACAAGCCAGAGGAAACGAGAUAGAACCAUAGUUCGUUUUAAUGAUCUGCAUUGAAUCACAUUCCUAGUCGAUUUUUGUAAGUCCGUCCGUCCGUCUGUCCAUGUAUUUUGUAAACAAAGUACAGGUCGCAUUUAUUGCCCGAUCCAGAUUAAAUGUUGCACAAAUCAUUUGUUUGGCUUAAGGACGAACUCAAUUGAAAUUGGAUAUAAUCGGUCAAAAUUUGGAUAUAGCUCCUAUAUAUAUCUACGUCCGAUUUGUCUUCUUUGUGCAGCAGCCGAUUUCAAGUUAAUUGUGCACCAAAUAGGCAAUACAAGCCCCAAUUGAAAAGCUAAAAAUUCUUCGGCAUAUUUAGUCCUUUGAACUUUAAAUUAUAAUCAUAGCUUGUAUGAUUUAAUUCUACCAUAAAAAAUUUAAUUGUGAUGUGAAGCUCUACUAAAUAUGCAAGACUUUCUUUACUGUUAUUUUCUUUGAGUUGUAGAUCUGAACUGAUUUUUCUUCGCAGAAUACAAAAAGCAUACAAAUUAAUAAUAAUUAUUAUUAGAUUGUAUUUUUUUGGUUGUAAUCCAUAACGUAACACUCCGGAUAUAGGAGCUUGCAAAUUAUUCAUCUCAAGGAAUUUAAGAAAUGUUAUAAAUUAAUAAUAUUUCAUUUUUAUACAAUUACUGCAGCAGGCGGUAACCCAGCAUCCAGGUACCAAUUUCGCAAAUUAAAUUCAGUAGGUAAAAAAUGGUGUAGAACAACGAAAUAGUAAUAACAGUGAACGUUCAGAAAUGUUCUCUAAAAUAUUUUUAAAAUUUUCAUUAAGAAUUCCCUUUAUAUAAAAUUUCUUUAUUGAGAUCAAAAAUUGAUUCGUUUUGAGUUACCCUACAUUCGGGUAGUGUUGUUAUAAACGAAAUUCAACUUUAAUUUUCUAGCUUGGCCUAAGAGCCAGUGUCUUAUUUAUUGAUAUUUCUUUUGUGAGGGAAUUCCAUUGAAUUUGUACAUGAUUUCUGCAUAGAUCUGCAAAUAUCAAGGAAUUUCCUUCAACAUAUGGUUCAUACUCUAUUUCGCAUUCAUUCUUAUUAUAUUUUACAUUCAUAAUGAUUCUUACUUGCUGAGUCUUACAAACUAUGAAGAGAGAAAACUGUGGGACAGAACUGAGAGAACUGUGGGACAGAACAAUCAUCGCACAGCCAGUACAACAACAGCACGCUUACAUUGUAGACAAUAUUACUGCUUGUAAUAUGAUCUCAGCAUAAUUUGUCGCUUGUUCAAUUCAUAACUUCUUUCUUCAUAACAUCUUAUUUAAAAUAUAUAGAUUAGAUUAUGAGUGAGAUUCAAAAAAAAUCUCUUUUUACAAAAUUUCUUUAUUGAGAACAAAAAUUGAUUGUUUUUAUCAUUUCACAAGAUAACAAAUAAUGAUGACUUUUUGAUUAAAUAUAACUCCCCAAAAAGAGUUUAUUUUUCUUAUUUAUUUUAGUAUAAAUCCUAAUUGGGAAAUUGUUUUCGUCGAUGCUUUUCCAUAAUUAUUAAAUUUUGAUUUUAUUGCAACGCUCUCAGUCUAGCUUAGCAGACUAAGAUUAACACCUCGAUGCUCACGCUGACUGCCGUAGGAGCAUUCGCGGUCGCUUGUAUUACUUCACUUAUCUUCGUUUGCGUGCUUCCUAUAGUUCAGAACUUCAGAAAUUCUUUCUUAUAGCUUAAAAUAAUACAUUUUUUAAAUAUUUCCAAAUUCAUGUAGUAAAAAAUUGUUCUGGACACGAGCGGCAAGCGGUUACUGGUUGCUAAUGCCAGUAGGUUAAUGCAGCGUUUUUUCUUCUUUUUACAUUCAAGAAAAUAGCUGCUUAUCCGGAAGUCUAUCUCGUUUAUCCUACACCACAACCUAGUGGCACGAUCCCUGGGAGGUAGGGGAAGCAGCAUUAACUUCUCGUAAACGAAAGGGAUUUUUUCUGUAAGUAGACUUAGAAUCUGUUCAUGACAAAGAACCUGACAAAAUUCAACCACUAAUAUUAAUAUCGUACAACAAAAUUUCUUUAUUGUGUAAAUUAAAUCGUAAGAUAAAGCAUAUACUGCGCAAUUUUAAGCAAAACACGAUUUAUAAAUAUCUCGAGAGUUUUAUCUAUAUUAACUGAUGGAGGGACUUUGUAGGUCCCUCCUUUGAACUUUUUAUUGGAGUUCAGCAACUAAUUAAUUAUCUUAUUUGAAACUUACUUUUACAAAAGUUCUCUACUGUGUCUAAACAUUCUUCAAAUAACCGAAUAAUUAAAACAUCUAUUCUUGUCGUACAACUGAUUACUAAUGUCACCUUCGAAAUAUUGAUUUGCUAUUUCGAAAGUCUGAGUAUUACAAAAUCAGAUAUUAAUAGAUUUUUAUUUACAUAUACCACCACAUUCUCUAAUUGGAAUGUGAAAAGCUUUGCUUGCCAAAGAAAAAUAUACAAAACUUCUUUAUUGAUUAGCCUUUUUGGUAAUUAUCAGAAGUAUUCAUGGGCAAAGAAUUUUUUAUUUCAUUUUAAAAUGAUAUAAACAUCAAAGCGUUACUUGCCAUUUGAGGGGAAGAGGGAGGAACAAUCCUCUCCUUUUUCUCUUCACAAAUAAAUUAUAAUUAUGUAUACAUAAUUGUUGCACAUUCUUGUGUAACAAUCUAACAUGACUUUUUUAAGUAUCCUUUAAGUUACAGAAUAUUAUUACCGUUAGAGCUAAUCGAUAUAUUGAUACUUUCGAUCUGUAUAAGUGAAUUAUAAUUGUUUAUCGGAUUGUAUAUUUAUUCAAUAUUAACAAAACAAUCGUUUAUGAAAUGCGAUUUCAACAACAAACCAUCCUUUUUUAAGAAGAGGAGAAUUUUAACUAUUAAUGUUAGUUCUUAACUACAAACUGUAAUAAAUUGAGACUUUAUGUUUUGUUGGCUUUGCUAAUGGAGCAAGCUUGAUGGUUGUCAGCACAAGUCUGCCCUUCUUUAUUUUGCCUUUUCGUAUUUAUAAUAAAAUUCUUAAUUCUAACAAAAAUUCUUAAAUCUAGAUAUCACUCAAUACUCUUUUCUGUUAACCAAUCAGAAAAGAGUUCUUACAAAACUAUUUUACAAUGAAGUAUAUUUGUAUGUGUGUAUGUGAUGUUUUUACAUAUGUUGUCAUGCAUUUCACAUUUUCAUUCAUAUUCAUAUUUUGGAAUUUCACUCAAUCAAAUUUACUAUUGGGAUAUUCUUUUUCUACUAACUCGUUGAAAUCCGUCUGUAGGUUCACAAUUUCUAGUUUCUUUUUCUCUAUUGUUUCCCUCGUAUAAGGCUUGCCUAAUGAUUUUUUAGCAUUCGACAACAAAAUUUCUAACGAUUGUAAAACCUUAUCCAUGGUACCAAAUCAGUGAUGUGUGAGUGGACUUAUUGCUAUUACUAUUUUACAAUAUUAAUCUUUUUUUUUUUAAAAAAUUAUUGCAACGCGCUUACUCGAGCUUGUUGCUUACGUGCUUGCUUCUUUACAUAUUUUUUUAAGUACUUAACAAUAACCACCAAGGUUAUUAUAAUGCAAACUAAUAUUAGUACCUCAAUGCUAAUACUAACGGCUGUUGGUGCAUUGGCCGUAGCCUGUAUCACCUCGCUUAUUUUUGUUUGGGUACUUCCCAUGAUUAUCAAAAUAUAUUUUUGUUUUCAUAAACUCAUAAUAUUUUUCUUUUUUGUUUUUAUUUAAUUUUUAAUGAAGUCAUAUUAUAUUUUUUUUUUGUUAUUGGGUUUUUUUUUUUUUUUUUUAAAAAAAAAUUAUAGUCUGUUGACCACGAGCGCAACGCGCUUACUGGUCCUAACGUCUGCAAAUUGAUGCAGCGUUUUAUUUAUUCUUCUGAUUUCUGGUGCUGAGAUAGUUCCUUAAGAGGAAAUCUAUCUCAUCGAUGCGUGCCCAGAGCCUGGAAGCACGUUCCCAGGGAGGUGGCGGAUCAGCAUUUAUCUCCCGUAUCAGGAGAGCUCUUUCUUUUUUUUUAGUCUCCACGUGUAGCCUCCUCUCGUCCUUGGUCUGCUCACCUUCGGGAUCUUUAUUUCAUCCUCUGUCCUAAUCAGUCUGUUUCUCUUCCUAUAUUCAUCUAUGGUUAGUGGCUGCGGUCCCGACAUUAAGUGUUUUCAAAUCCACGAUCCACGGCUUGGAUCGGACUGCCCGGACAGUAUGGCAGUGUCUUCAAAAUAAAAAAAUGUUUUUUUUUUUUUUUUUUUUUUAACUGCGGAUAGAACGCAGGAACUGCGGAUGGAACGCAGGAUACUUGCUGACUAAAGAGCAAGAUUUGGCAGGAUCGCCAUGUAAUAAAUUGAGACUUUAUGUUUUGUUGGCUUUGCUAAUGGAGCAAGCUUGAUGGUUGUCAGCACAAGUCUGCCCUUCUUUAUUUUGCCUUUUCGUAUUUAUAAUAAAAUUCUUAAUUCUAACAAAAAUUCUUAAAUCUAGAUAUCACUCAAUACUCUUUUCUGUUAACCAAUCAGAAAAGAGUUCUUACAAAACUAUUUUACAAUGAAGUAUAUUUGUAUGUGUGUAUGUGAUGUUUUUACAUAUGUUGUCAUGCAUUUCACAUUUUCAUUCAUAUUCAUAUUUUGGAAUUUCACUCAAUCAAAUUUACUAUUGGGAUAUUCUUCAUUCCCAUUGGCCGAACUCUGAUUCAUUACAAUAGUAUUUGAGUUUCCAAUUGGAAACUCUAAACUGUCGCCCAACAUAUGAGUAAGCAUAAAGCAAUGAACUUCAUAUGAGCAGCGCUCUGAAAAACAAAGAAACAAUGAAAGCAAUGAACUCGUUGUGGCACUGACCAACUCAACAAAACAAAAUACUGAAUAUCAAAAUGCAUGGCAACAUAAUGUGAUGGUGACACACUACAAAACCCCUAUCACAAAUCACCAAAUAUUAUUGCCCAUUUAAAUGUUAGCUUACAUAUCUUUUUUCCUCACAAAAAAAUAACAUUUAAACACCUCCUAAACAGAACACUUAACUGUUUACUCCAAAGGGAGAGAGCAUUUUAAAUGCGAGCCCUCCCCAAUUUUUACUUACUUACAAAUGUUGCAUAAUUUGCACAUGUUGCAUUUGGCUUUCCCAAUGCAAAAUCCCAAAAACUUAUUACACUAUAUUUCAAGUGGAUUUCAAAGUCAGUUAUAUCUACUACAACGUGAAACAAUUAAACGGUGCAAAAUUAAAGUUAUUUUUUCCAGAAAAUGUGUCUUUAAAUUAAUUUCCAAUUAAAUUAAACUUUCCUUUAUCAAUUGGAAAAUACUAUUACGCUUAUACUAUGGAAUGAGAUGUCAAAAUAUUGCUACCAUCUCAGGAUUUUGUAUUACGCAAUCGAUUAUAAACAUUAAAGAUCGACAUGUUCUAAACUGAAGAGUCCACGUCGAUAUUUAUCCUGUUUGGAUUUUAUUUGAGACUUGUAAUCCCCAGGUUUUCUUUCUUAACCUGGUGUAAUAAGUUACUUUUAUGUUUUGUUGGCUUGCUGAUAGAGCAAGCUUGAUGGAUGUCAGCACAAGUCUGACUUCUUUAUUUUUCCUUUUUGUAUUUAUAAUAAAAUUCUUAAUUCUAACAAAAAUUCUUAAAUCUAGAUAUCACUCAAUACUCUUUUCUGUUAACCAAUCAGAAAAGAGUUCUUACAAAUCUAUUUUACAACGAAGUAUAUUUGUAUGUGUGUAUGUGAUAUUUUUAAAUUUGCAUUUCAUAUUUUCAUUCAUACUCAUAUUUUGGAAUUUCACUCAAUCAAAUUUACUAUUGUGAUAUUCUUCAUUUCCAUUGGCCGAAUUCUGAUUCAUUACAAUAGUAUUUGAGUUUCCAAUUGGAAACUCUAAACUGUCGCCCAACAUAUGAGUAAGCAUGAAGCAAUGAACUUCAUAUGAGUAGCGCUUUGAAAACAAAGAAACAAUGAAAGCAAUGAACUCGUUGUGGCACUGGCCAACUCAACAAAACAAAAUACGAACAUCAAAAUGCAUGUCAACAUAAAGUGGAAUCUGAACUUGACAUUUUAUUUUACAUUGUUAUUCUAUUAAAUUUAAGAAAAUUACAUUCUUAAUAUUUUUGUGACAAAUUAUGUCACUAUUAGUUCUUUAACACAGUCGUAUUUGGUUGUCUCUUUUUCUCUAACUUCCUUAUUAAUUGCUUUCUGCCGUCUAUGCGUCUGACAUUGUCUGUAGAUUAAUUUGAACUGUCACGAGCCAUCUGUUCUCGUUGUAAGGCAGGCAUCAUUGCCUAUGUGACGAGUACAUAUGAGAGUAGACAUAAUUGAGAGAGAAAUAAGCCAGAGAGUAAUUAUCUUAUAACAAAUAUACCACCAUAUGUCUCUUGAAAAUUGUUAUUUGCAAUAUUCAAUUGCGAAUAAAAGUAUCGUUUUGAAUAAAACUAUAUGAAGCUUACAAAGAAUUGUAAGGGGAUCUGUUUUGGAAGAGAAAUCGAGGAAAUAACAAGUGGAGAAUAAUAUAUAAGGUUGUACAAUAAAAUAAUGGAAAUGUUUUUUAAUCGUAUGAAAAGAAAUAAUUGGAUGGAAUAAAACAAUAAAAGAAGAAAAAAUCCUUUUUAACACAUCACACUGCAUUGGAAAGGCAUAAAGGAAAUUGCUUUUAUUACAAAUUUAUAAAAUUAAAUAAUAAAUAUUUAAAAGUGUUUGCUACUAAUUUUUUCACCUAUUCAUUUCAACCUUUUUUUCCAACAUCAGUCAUUCCUAUCAAAUAUUUUUCCUCUACUCUUCAUUGGCAACUAAGCUUGAAACCAUGUCGUGUACAACUAGCUAGAAUCUUGGGCA